AUGAUUUCAAACGUACACUUUCUGGCCUUACCUAACAACUCAGUUUGGAAGCUAAAUAAUCCAUUUUACCAGCAUUUAAAGUGGGAAAUCAUUCGUCGUCACUUUGGUAAAUGGUACACACCGCCCACAAAAGACAUAAUCCAUCCCUAUAUAAAUGAGCCUGAGCAAUUGCCCUUGAAAUCUCCUUAUAAAAGUGCAAGAGUUAACAAAUCGCAAAUGUUUAUCCCAAAGAAUUUCUCCAGAGAUAUUACCCUAGAAAGAAUGAGAAGUGGCGAGAAUUUGGGUAGUGAUUACCCAUGGAAUCUACUUGAAACUGAUGUAAAUUAUAGGCACCGACUAUAUAAUGUAAAGUAUGAAAGCGUGCCCUGGAUGAUCUCGGAUGUCAAGGGUAUUGAAUACUAUAAAAGAUUGCAUGUAUUUGGAGUGAAUUGGAUGGAAGAUGGAAUCCAUCGCAUUCGUUGGUUUAGAUGCGCUCAUGGUAUCAUGCGAGCCAAAAAUGCGGCAGAGAGGUUCAAAUUGAAACUUGAGGCGGCGGGGCGCGUUGAUAACAUGAAGAGUGAGAGACAGAAGAGGAUGGAUAUGAUCAGGAAAAAUACUGCAGCUAAACUCAGACAGAAGAGAUAUGCCAAGAUAACCCGUGGGCUAAUGUAA